UGAGAGAUGAGGUUGCGACUGAGGAAGAGUUACAUAUCUCAUCUGGCUGGCUAUGUGACUGGUUACCAAGCUUUGUCGGAGUGGACUCAAGAACCACAGUGCCCGGCAAGGGUGAAUUCGUUGAAGAUAUUGAAUCAUUACGUGGUCAUUCAUAUUGAUAUUGGUCUAAUAUCCUACCCUGGCCCUACAUGCUUUUCCACGAACGAGGAAUUGUUUAGGAUGACAUAA